UCCGUGGUCACCUCCUCCAGGAAGAACUCCGCCAGCUCCAGGAACACAUCCCGUUGCAGGAUGGACUCAAUCUCUCCAGAUUUGAAGAGUUCAAACCUCCAGGCAGACCCUGCGGCCCGAUUCUGGGGAGAGAGAGGAGUCAGACCACAUUCGGGCACUCAAGCGGCUCAGUCUGAUGGAAAGACGGAUCCAGACCAGCGGCUGCCCCGGACUUCUGUUCUGCGACGGGCACACGCGUGGCUCACUCAGCGAAGCCUCGCGCGCAGGGACCACAACUCCCAGAAUGCUCCACGCUCUCGCCACCGCCUUGGACCGGUGUUUUGCGCCAGUGCGCACGCGCAGACUCAGUCAGCGGCGCCUCCCGUGCCCGGACUACGAUUCCCAGAGGGCUCUGCGACCUCGCUGCCUCCAAGACCAAGAUGGCUGCGAGUAAGUGCGGGCGCCGCAGGACUCGCCGCCUUCCUCAAGAAUGCCUGGGCCAAGGAGCCGGUGCUAGUCGCCUCCUUCACCAUCGCGGGCCUCGCUAUAAUUCUGCCCAUCCUCAGCCCCUACACCAAGUACUCCAUCAUGAUCAACAAGGCGACACCCUACAUCUACCCAGUGCCCCUCCGAGAUGACGGGAACAUGCCCGAUGUGCCCAGCCACCCCCAGGACCCCCAGGGCCCAAGCCUGGAGUGGCUGAAGAAACUGUGAGCACCUCCGUUGACAGGGAGGAGAUCCCCUCCCCUGUGGCCCCCAAUAAAAAUGUGAAAACUGA